CUGCAUAUAUAACCAACCAUGAAAGAAUACACCUUUUACAUAGCAAUGGUAGUGGUUCAAUUAGCAUAUGGUGGAUCAAACAUUCUCAUCAAAAUUUCGCUUGACAAGGGACUCAGUCAACUUGUUUUUGUGGUAUAUAGGCAUCUGAUUGCCAUGCUUUUGCUAGGACCCUUUGCUUAUGUCCUUGAAAGGAAGCAGCGGCCUUCACUCUCAUUUUCAAUAAUUACAAAGAUUUUUGUGCUUUCAUCACUUGGGACUACAAUCCAUCUGAAUGUGUACUAUGCUGGUUUAGCAUAUACUUCUCCAACUGUUGCAAGUGCCUUAAGCAAUGUUUCCCCAAGUUUGACAUUUAUCAUUGCGCUUCUUCUUCGGAUGGAGAAAGUGAAGAUUGCAAGCAUGAGAAGUCAAGCAAAGGUGUUGGGCACAGUAAUUUGCAUCUGUGGGUCUCUUGUUUUUACGUUCUGGAAAGGAGGACACCUUUUGAAAGGUUUUGUAGAAAAGCCACUCAUAAACAUCCAUGCUGGAUCUGUAGGUGAUUUUAAGCAUAGUAAACAAAACUGGAUCAAAGGCUCAGCUCUUAUUCUCAUUAGCCACAUUGCAUGGAGUGGAUGGUUAAUUCUCCAGGCCGUAGUCACGAAAGUGUACCCGGCUCGACUAUCAUUGACUACAAUGAUCUGCUUCUUCGCCGCACUGCAGUCAUGUUUACUUGCCCUGUUUUUUGAUAGAAAACCCACUUCAUGGAAGCUGGAAUGGGAUGUCAAUCUUUUAACCAUAGUUUACAGCGGAGUCGUGCUCUCAGCUUUAGUAUAUUACCUGCAAACAUGGUGCAUUAGUAACAAGGGACCUGUUUUUGCUGCAAUGUUUAGUCCACUACUACUAAUUUUCGUGGGAAUAUUUUCAGCAAUUGCUUUUGCAGAGAGACUUCAUUUCGGGAGCCUAAUUGGAGCGUUUCUCAUCGUUGCGGGACUGUAUUUUGUACUGUGGGGCAAAAGGGCAGAUAAUAAUUUUGUGGUUGGACAAUCCGAUCAGAUUGGAAAACAUCAAUCUGAUGAUAGCAAAGUGCUGGAGAUUUCCCCAAGGAUGUCUCAAUGCUGAAUCUUGCCUCUCCAAACGGAAGGAGUACUAACUGGGGAAACUUUAAUUUGAUCCAUUGUGUAAACAAAUUAGUCACCAUGGAAUCUUGUUUUUCUGUCCAAAUAUAUAUAUAUAUAUAUAUAUAUAUAUCAAACAUCAAAAAAUAUAUUGUUUCAAUUUCGCAUUAUUUUCCUGUAUAUAUACAUGUAUCAUAAGUGC